GCCAUGUUCUCACUUUCGCAUUUGCCGUCUCGACAACAUCAUGUUUCGCUACUACCAACCAAUGUCAACCUGGGACGUUGUGCGCCCUUCCUAUUGGUAUCCCAUGGCGAGCCUCGAGCAGUCCUUGAUGGAACUGGACGCGAUGGCCGACGAAAUGCGGAUGGCGUUCCCUUUGCGCUCCUACCGCCUCUUGUCCGCCCCGUCGCUGACUGAAGACGACGACUUUUUCCGCGACCUGCCCGUGGCGACCCGCGAUACACAACCGUCCAAGGAAGUGUCUGGCGGAGACGAAGAAUCCCGCGCGUUCUCCAACUACUCGUACUCGAGCUCGUCGGUGGUGGACGACAAGGGGCGCCGCGUGCAGAGCAUCCGCCGACGCUACGAAGAUGCGAACGGGCGGUUGAAGGCGGUCCACGAACGCUUGCUCCCUGGCAAGAAGAUGGUGACGACGUGGCGCAAGCAAAACAAGGACGACGAGGGCAGCCAGGAGACCAUUUGCUCGCAAGGCGUGUCGAAGGAAGAGUUUGAAGAGGAGUGGAAGAGCACUCCGUUUGCCAAGGCCCAAGAGUCGGCAAAGCCAUUGGAAGGGGAGAAGCCCAAGGCCUUGCAAGGCGAGCAGUCGAAGGCCUCGGAAGGCGAGCAAUCGAAGCAACAAGUGGCGGCUUAGUCGACUGCUGCUGGUGUGCAAUAGUCUGACCCUGUAUACGUGAAUGUAGGAUGAGAUAACGAUCAGAGGAUCCAAGCUCGAUAUAUUUGGUUGUUUUAUUGAUGCA